GAGGUGCAGUGACCGAAGUGUAAAGUGGGAAUUAUUAGAUCGAAGGAAAUGGACUCGGGGAAAAUGCACGCGACUCCGUCUUCUGUCGUGGGGACGCAAACAACGCGGAGAUUCAAGUAAACACAGUUUACGGAUCACUCUCCAGUUUGAUUGAAGCUGCUCACUUGGGAACAUCACGAGUCCAGUUUCAGGGAUUGUCAGGAGUCAUGUUUCCUACUCGUAAGCACAAGGAUGCAGUUCCCAGUGGGGCCGGUGUCUUCUACCAGGCGAUGCCUGCGGUUGGAGCCGAUGGAAAGAAAAUCAUGACACUGAUUCCUGUAAAACUGGUUAAUGGACAGUUUAUCCAAUAUGAAAUACAUAAACCCAGUGUGGAUUCUACCACACAGAAAGCUGUAAAUAUUUCCCCAGCAACACUUCCGAUAAAAAAGAUUGUCACUAAUGUGUCAAAUCUCUUGCCUAAUCGAGGUGGAUUGGAUCCUGGUAAUUCACGGAACAAUCAUCCUCAACAGCAACAGACUGAAAGUUUAAUGUCCAAAGUGCCGAUAAUGCCUGCAAAAAACUGUGUGAACUCUAUAAGACUUCCAUAUCAGCUGCCAGUGAUGGUGAAAUCUCCAGCACUCCCCAAAGGACAGCUUCUUCAGAUUCCCCCUAAUGCACAUGUGCGAACAUUGCCAGCAUCUAAACUUCCUCCAGGUAUCAAGAAGCAGAUUUUUAAUUCAUCAGCCGAUUCCACUCCUGUUUCAGACGUACCCAGGGUAGUUUUUGUGUCACCGGUCACCACCGUGAGUCAAUUUGCUGCUCCUCCAUGGGAUUCUGGAUCUCAGUCACCCAGGCUGCCUUCUCAGACAGAAAAAACAGCUAAAAUAUCAAAGCCACUCUUGAAAUUGAUUUCAAAGGCUUCACCAGGGCCUAACGGCCCUACAAGAUGGGUAAUUGAAGAAGAGGACACCUCAACUGCUUCAUAUGUGGAUUCUCAUUCUGUUACUUCUCAGAUUAUUCGAACAGUGGCAAUGAGAGAGAAAAUGGGCCAGCACUAUAAUGUUUCUGAGUCUAAGUUGGACAAAAAUGGACAAGAACAGGAUAAUGCCUUAAUCAUGUGCAACGGGAAGGUAUUUUUUGUGGCCAAAAAAAGCAGUUUACUAUUUCAACAAGGAGAAAACGACUCGCCCACAGCAGCAACAACAAGUUCUGAAGUUAAGGAAACCACAGAACCUUUAUUCCAACACCCUGUUGAGCCAGCUGUACCUCAAACACAGCAGGACAUCAGCAUAAUUAUUUCAGAUGAGCCAGAUGAAGUAAUCGAUCUAUGUGAUGACGAAAUUCAAGAUGACUCGCAACAAGCGCCAUCAGUUAGCACGUCAGCAGUCUCUCAUCAGGAUGAUGACAACGUAAUAUUUGUGUCAUAUAUUCCACCAAAAUCUGAGGCUGAGUCGACACAUAAUUUAACAGUUGAGACACAAACAACAAUAGAAAAGGACAUUGACCUGCUGAGCACAAGCUGCUCGGACAGUUUGACACAGGAGAAGAGCUCAGGUGGUAGAGCUGACGCUGAUGGAAGGGAUGAUCUUACUGGAAGAAGAUCAGGCACAGUUGAAAAUGUCACACAUGUUUGUGCUUCUGCCGGGACGAGUGUGAAUGAUGAUGAGGGCUCAAACAUGAACAGUAAGCAGAGCACUUCCACCCAACAGGAGGGGAGCAUGGGAGGUGAUGUUGAUCCAGAAACUCCAGCAGAUGGCAGCAGUGCAGCAUAUUCUCACAAACAGGAGGAGGCCCUUCCAGGUUGUCAGACAUCUUCACCGGCACCUCCACCCUGUAAAAUGGCUGACCGUCAGCUGAGCAAGAUGUUUGGGAUUACAGGUGAUGUGAAGAUUUGCCUGCAGAGGAUUGAUGAGGCCUCAGCUGGACUUGCAGAGGCUCGGAGUAGUGAGUUUGUAAACUCAGCAGAGGAUCAGCAUGAACCAGCAAAUAGGAUGAAAGAGAAGGAACUCUUUCGGCAGGACUUCUACAGGUCCUGUGAAAACCAGAACGAUGAUGGGAAGAGAGAGGAAGUAGUAACUGAAUGGGAACAGCCAGCAGAUGCAGCCACUGUAACUGCUCACACAGCUGUCAUGUCUCUUGAAUGUGCCGUUUUCAAGCUGAACACAAAACCUCUCUCUGAGUUGGGUCAAAGUUCACCCAAGGGGGUGUCAUGUGAUGUUGAAAACACAACAUUGAUCGGUUAUGUGGAACCGAUUGAUGAGGACUUCCUCAAAUCAAACGAAAUCGCAGAGUUGCAGGAUGUAAUAACCAAGCGACAGACUCAGACUUGUGUGGACCUGAAUACAAACACCAGCAGAAUAGGAAGGACGAGGAAACGCACCAUGUGUCCAUGUUGCGUCCCUGGUACUCCGGAGCCUUCAGUGAAAUUCAAGUCAGAGGAGCAGGAGAAAUGGGCAUGCAGAACAGAACAGAUCAGUAAAAAAGGGAUACGAACAAAAGCUGCUAGAAAAGGUGUGAUAACAUCUGGAAACAGCUGUCUCACAGUCAGAAACAAUCAGAAAUCUAAGACUCAUGAGGUUCCAGCCGGGGACAGUUUGUCCUCAACAUCCAUGGACACAGAUGAACUGCAUAGAGACAGACAGAUCUAACGACUCAAAGAGCUUCUGAAAGAGAGGGAGGCGGCUUUAGAACUGAUGGAAUAUGGAACAGCAUGGGCUGAGACAAGUAUCACCUUCCAAACUAAUAUUCUAACAAAUAUGCUAACGUGUUUUAAACAGUUUUUAGAAUAUCAUUUGUUUUAUUUGUUCUUUGUGAACCAACUCUAGGACCAUGAGUCAGAAUACACAGGCCUUUUGUUUCACAGACAUGCAACACAGGGCCAGGUCUGAACCAAAAAAGCAAUCGCUGCAGGACGCAUUAAACUUCCGUUUGAAGGGCGUUCGCUAGCUCACCUUCACUGCUUUCAGACAUGCACACGAAUGUCAGAGUGAGAGCCUCCAGAGUUUCUGGGGGCUUUCCCUGGCCAGGUCCUUGUAGAAGUUGCAUAAUGUCUGAUUGACACGAUGUGACAACACAUGAGGUGAUCCUUCGCAGGAUUAAGCGUGAGUGAGUGGAUGUGUUGACGGUUCUAACAAGCGACAGAUGCCAAUUUUUUUUUUAUGAUAUCUCGAGAUAAAAAAGCUCCGCCAUACAGCAUUUGGUCAUAAAGGUUGACGCCUGUGUUGAUGUGCAGUUAACAAAAGCACAUGAACCCUGGAGCAGAAUUGACAUGUCCCGUCUUGUUUCCGCCUGCCACACCACCCCUUCUGUGUUGGUGUGAACAUGUCUGAGUGCAGAAUCUCCUGCUGUGUUGUGUAUGUGUCAAACGCAAACUCCUGACAAAGUCUGGACCCAAUCCUCAAGAGACCGGAGCCUGAAAACAGCUGUAGUUGCGCAGACGCCUCAAUACAUUGAUUUCUAUUGGCUAACACACAUUUGGUUCAUAGUUGUCAGUUACUAAAUCUUUUGAGUCUUGAGUUUUAAUUGGCAGUUGUUGGUUUAGAAACAUGUGCUUUUCUACCCCUGUUUUGAGUCAAUAAAAUUUGUUUUGUAUAGCUCAAAAUAACAAACAUUAUGUCAAGCAAUUAAAUAGUAAGGUCGAGACCUUAAAAAUUAAAGAGAAACCCAACAGUUCGCACAAAGUAGCAACACUGACGAUUAUGGAGAAAAAACUCCUUCCUUAUCUGGAAGAACCUCUAGAACCAGACUUAAUGUGGGCGACCAUCUUCCUCAACUGGUUGGGUUGAGGAGAGAAAAUUGGAGGAGAGAGAAGAGAAACAGUUGUGAAACCAUCAUAUUUAACAUUGAUUCAAAUCUCAUUUACAAUGUGACACACUUUAUUCACUGCUUCCUAUACGCCACCGCUGCUGCUCUUCCACACACACACACACACACAUGCUGCGGUGGACACAGUGACUGUUGGAACAGAGGUUCCAGCAUUCACACUUUGUUUUCCUCUUUGGUCAUUUUGUUUUGUUUAUGUAUCUCGUCCAUGAAAAACCGCGCUCAUGCAAAAAAUUAUUUCCAGGUCAUGUCAGAAAUGUGAGAAGAAACAUCUGCUGCAUAUUAAUGUUUUAUUUCAGUCAAGUUCAUUCGGUGAUCUAUAUAAAAAUGCAAACAAUCAUCUAAAAUGGAACAGAAGCCGCAGGAGAUGUGAUAAUAUUCAGCAGGACUACAUGACAAAUGGCAGCAUUAUUAUCGCAAAUAGAACAAGACAUAUUGUGAAGAUGACGCCAUGUCUUUGUCUGCCAAGGUCAACAAAGGUAUGGUAAUUAAUUACUAGAAAUGUGAUAACAGAUUUAUAUUUUAUAUACUAAUAUUUGUCUGAGUAAAGAUUUGCUUCAAACAAAAACUUGAUCUCUGCAACAGAAUUUCUACGUAACAUCCUUCAUCUGAAUCCUGUUGUUAGCACGCCUGAGUGGAGAAUCUCGUGCUCUGUUGUUCAUGUGUGACAGACAAACUCCUUAGAAAGCCUGCACGCAAUUAUCUGGACUUCCUUUAUGUCUGAAAACGGCUUGUGUUUUUAGCAACUCAGCCUAAGAAUGGUGAUGUGGUUCACUUGACGUUUUGAAAGGUGCUUUAUAAAUAAAGUUUAUUAUUACAAACAA